UCAGUCUAAGCAAGGUACUUUUAUUUUGACAUGUACAAGGAAGGCUGUGUAGCCUCAUGCUAAACAGCACACACUGAUAUAAUUAUUACAUAUUUUUAAAUGCAAGUCUAAGUCGCUCGUCAUGGAAACAGACGCGUCUCUCCUUGGCGUUGAAUUAGAGGAGAAACAGCAAGAAGAGCUGUAUCAACAACUUUUGCUUCAGACCAUGGGAGAAGUGCAAAGCGAAAGUCCCCCUUCCAAAGUCAUCCGUCCGCAAUCAGGCAUGUGUGUGAAGUCUUCCUCAAUGUCGGACAAAAAGAAGGUCUUUCUGAAUAUCUGUCAGUCUCAGGCGGUACCGCCCCCUCCUCAUCUGUCUCAGGAAGCACUUGUGGAACUCCUGGAGUCAGAGGACCCGACCAGUUACAGAGUGCCCAUGAGUCUCGGCGAGCCGCAUACAGAAGUGGACAACAGCUCACAAGGCUGUACUGUGUAUGAUGUCGUGAUCAAUGACGAGUUCUUCCAGAAAUGUCAGAAAGAUACCCUGUUCCAGCAGUUUCUUAUUGCAGUUUCUUUGGAGGGACUGGAAAACAAAUACAACCUUGAGUUGAGCAGAGACAUUAAGAUUUUGAAGAACAGGAAGUUCAUGGGCUGUAUAGGAGAACAAAACAUUCGUACAAAGAGCAAGCCAACUAUACAGGAAAUCGACUCAAAGGAAUCUGCAUCUGUUCUUUCAUCAACCAAAUGUCCAGAGUUUAGUUUAUUAGUGGAGCCCCCAAGUGGAAAUGCAGAGCAUCUGAUCGCUGAGAUCAUGCUUCCUGGAGUGAUAUCUGCUCGCUCUCUUCUUCUGGAUUUGGGAGAAGACAGACUAGUGCUGAUUGCUCGACCUUCUCUUUUCCACCUGGAUAUUUUCUUUCCCCUGCUUAUCGACCAAGAAAACAGUGUUGCCCAAUUCAACACAAACACACAGACUCUUACAGUGACCAUGCCAGUAGUGUCUUCAUAAAAACUAUUGCAAGGCUGUUAUUUCAUAAUAAACUUUUUCAUUUUGUUUAC